AACUCAUUUCAAGACAUGAUCUAACGAACCGUACACUUAAUAUGCUAUGCAUACAUAUUGCAGUCCUCCCGCUACCUAGCUUCGCUAUGCGCCAACACCUGUGCUAUCUGGUCUGCACGAGCACCUCACAGCCAGGAUGGCAGUCCGAGAUCUCACGCUCAGCGUUUCUGCAGGCCUUUUGAAGGCUAUGCAUGCCGCCAUCCGGCUAGGGUCGCACGCGGCAGUCAUUUUUCCACGAUCAUUGAAGCCAGUCAGAGGUGGGCCGCUUUCUGGAACUGCCUACUUGGACGCUCUGCGAGGUUAUGCAGCAUGGUUUGUCUACAACCAUCACCUCCGCCUCCCCAUCCCCUACCACGGCUUCGCCAAGUACAGCGCGGUCAAAAUGUUCAAUGGUCCAAACUCCGCCGUGGACGUCUUCUUUGUGAUAUCCGGAUUCACCCUCAGUUACUCGACGCUCGGCUAUAUACACAGCAAAGACCACGUCAAAGUUCUCGACUCUCUUGGCUCAUCGAUCUUCCGUCGAUACAUCCGAAUGUAUCUCCCCUGCAUCUUCGCCACCUUCAUCGCUAUGCUAGCUAUAGCGUCCGGUGUUGCCGUGAACCCCGAUGGCAACGACGUCCUACAGCCGACACUCUGGGCAAAUAUUCGUUAUUGGCUGGCCGACACCGUACGAUCUAGCGAUCCAUUCGCACACGUCGACUCCUGGUACUAUCACCAUGGUUUCCGAACGCACUAUCUCUUCCAGAUGUGGACGAUUCCGGUGCAAUUCAGAGCCAGUAUUCUCGUUUACAUCUGCUGCGCGGCAGUCUGCAAAAUGGACUAUCGACAGAGAAUCUACACAAUUCUCGUAAUCAGUCUCGCUUGCAUGUGGUGGGAGGCGAUUUAUGGUGCGUUGCACUUGGCCGGCAUGAUCAUGGCAGAUCGUAGGCAAUUGAGAGCGAAGCAGCGCUUAGCGGAGUCCACGUCGCUACCUACGACAACAGUCCCUGUUGCGCGGCCCUCUAUCGACGACACCGCCGAGGACAGCGCCCUAAUCGAGAUCCGCGAUAAGGAGGACAUCGACCUCGAGGGAUGGCCCGGAACACAACAUGCACGCUCUUGGGUUGGGAAACCGCUACGCACUUUUCUACAAUUCACGGAGAGGCAUUGGACUCUACUCCGCCAGUUACCUCUCCUGGUACCUGUCUACUACUCGCUUUGCCUGCUCGGUGGGCCCAUGAGCGCCCCCGCGACGAACGACCCUCUGCCCUUUAGUCUUCUUGCAUGGAUCAUCCCGCCAACAUGGUCGGAUGGUGCUAAAAGUCACUUGGCCCCAGCCACUGGGUCAGUCAUGCUCAUGUACUCCCUCGAGCUGUCGCCUCUACUCCAGCGUCCUUUUGUGGCUUCCUUUUCUCAGUAUUUGGGCGAGCUCUCCUUCGGCAUAUACGCUAUGCAUAACACGGUCCGAUGGAUCGUCUGGGAAAAGUGGUUCGUUCCAUGGCAAGCGGAGCAUUUUGGACCGCCUUCCGAAAUGUUGAAUUGGGUACCAGGGUAUCUUGUCAUGACUGUCCUUGUGCUCUGGGCCGCUGAACUUUUCCGCAUGGUGGAUAUACAAUGCGUUCGGGUCGCGAGCCGCCUACAAAGGAAGCUGUUCGCCGUUUAGGUUUUAGCUUAGGCACGCAGAUCGGUGAAGGAAUCAGAUUGAUCAGUUCUAGCGCAAUUCACAUGCCGUUCUUUGUCG